GUGCAGUUUUGUAGCCCGUCCGCGUGAGCAGCAUGUUAAUCGAGUCGUGCUUCUGUUACAAGCUUGCAGCUCAUUUGAGUUAAUUACGCAAGAAUAUUUAAAAACAAACAUACAAACAAACAAAAACAAACGUGCGCCAGCAAUGUUGCCGUGCACAUGCGGGGGAGCAGGAGUGCGCCGUGUGACGAGGUUUUCUCCCCUCUCUCCUCUGGGGUCUCUCAUCAGAACUUUCUCUGCAGGUCAGAGCCGACUCGUGUGGGUGAAGAUGGCCCAGAAUGAGGCUCUCAGCCAGCGCAGGAAGGUGCUCACCAUCGACACGAUGAACGCCAACGUGAAGAAGGUGGAGUACGCGGUGCGGGGACCCAUCGUGCAGCGCGCAGUGCAGCUGGAGAAGGAGCUGAGAGAGGGGGUGAAGAAACCCUUUGACGAGGUGAUCAGAGCUAACAUCGGAGAUGCCCAUGCCAUGGGACAGCAACCCAUCACCUUCUUCAGACAGGUCUUGGCAUUGUGCUUGUAUCCAGACCUGCUAGAUGAUAACAAGUUUCCUGACGAUGCCAAAGAUCGUGCACAGCGCAUUCUGAAGGCCUGUGGAGGGAGCAGUAUCGGCUCAUACUCUGCGAGUCAGGGUAUCGACUGCAUUAGACAAGACGUCGCCCGCUACAUCGAGCGUCGUGACGGCGGCAUCUCUUGUGACCCGGACAACAUCUAUCUGACCACAGGCGCCAGUGACGGCAUCGUCACCAUGCUGAAGUUGCUGACAGCAGGUGAGGGUCGCACCCGUACAGGUGUGAUGAUCCCGAUCCCUCAGUAUCCUCUGUACUCGGCUGCGAUAGCUGAGCUGGGCGCUGUGCAGAUUAACUACUACCUGAACGAGGAGAAGUGCUGGAGUCUGGACAUCACUGAGCUGCAGCGCUCCCUACAGGCCGCCCGAGAGCACUGCAACCCCCGAGUUCUGUGCAUCAUCAACCCAGGCAACCCAACAGGGCAGGUACAGAGCAGGGAGUGCAUUGAGGACGUGAUCCGAUUCGCUGCCAAGGAACAUCUCUUCCUGAUGGCUGAUGAGGUGUAUCAGGAUAAUGUAUAUGCCGAGGGUUGUGCCUUCCACUCUUUUAAGAAGGUGUUAUUUGAGAUGGGCCCUGAAUUCUCCAACACAGUGGAGCUGGCCUCGUUCCAUUCCACCUCCAAGUGUUACAUGGGAGAGUGCGGUCUACGAGGCGGAUAUAUGGAGGUGAUAAACAUGGACCAGGAGGUGAAGGCUCAGCUCACUAAGCUGGUGUCUGUGCGUCUGUGUCCUCCUGUGCCAGGUCAAGCACUCAUGGCCCUGGUCACCAACCCUCCACAUCCUGGAGAGCCAUCACACGCUCAGUUCAUCAAGGAGCGCACGGCCACGCUGAAUGACCUGGCACAGAAGGCCAAGCUGACUGAGGACAUUCUGAACACAGUGCCUGGGAUCAGGUGCAACCCCGUGCAGGGGGCGAUGUACUCGUUCCCUCGCAUCAUACUGCCUGAGCGAGCUGUAAAGGUGGCCAAGGAGAACGGCCAGGACCCAGAUAUGUUCUAUUGUAUGAAGCUCCUGGAGGAGACGGGGAUCUGUUUGGUCCCCGGCAGCGGGUUUGGGCAAAAAGAUGGAACCCAUCACUUCAGGAUGACCAUCCUACCACCGGCUGAUAAACUCAAGAUUCUGCUCAAUAAAGUGAAAGAGUUCCAUCAGCAAUUCACCAAGCAGUACUCUUAACACCUCCUCUCAACUUUCUCAACACAGUUGACCAGCCAAGUGCCUAAACCUGCCAUCUUCUCCAGACACAACCCAAUGGACAUCAGCCAUUAAUAUGCAUUUCUGACUCCUGAAGUGUAAAUCCCAUUUUCAUAAACUGGUUUUUGCACGCUGAUGUACCGAUGGAUAACCAUAAGGGUUAGAUUAUUAGCACUACACGCUAAAAGAAAGUUUACUUUCUAAUAGUCUGAUAUAUGAAAUAGUUGAAAUGUGGCUGUGUAUGGAAAAUGGGGUGUGUGUGUGUUGGUUAAGGGACUUAUAGCCAAGUAAUUACCACUGGACAAAGCCUAGUCUUGCACUGGUAUAAUUAAAGUAGAAUAUAAUAUUAAAUCUUUAUCCUGUUUAUAUAGAUGUCUUAAUGAUUUUAAUUUGGAAUAGAUCAGAUAAUGUCACAGUAAAUGGUGUGGUUUCUCGUUUCCUUUCGAGUGCAACACAACCCCGUGACCACGGGAGGGCACACUCACCUUGACCGAAUCAUUGUACUGUUCAUAACAAUGGCAACUUUUUAAAUCUUUGCAUUUUAAAGCAUUUGCAGGUGAGAUGGUCACAUAGACCUCACAAUAUUCUGUCUGUUUUACUGUAUUCUGUCUAUCCAAGUGGUGAUUUCUUAGUUGGAGGAGGACAAAAAGGUCAGUGUAAUCAGAGGAAGACAAAGAGAGAGAGAGAGAGAAGAGGAAAGAAAUAAGUAGGGAAAUUAGAAAGUAGAAAAAGAAAAUGGGAGGAAGAGGUGAAAAAAUGCAAAGAGUAGGAAAAAAAACCCUAACAUUUCCAUUUUAAAAAUGUGCUUUAUAUAUUUUUAAAAUACUAAAUCAAUAAAAUAAAAAUAUGAAUAAAUUA